UUUAGCAUUCAAUGAUUGUUCAACAUGGCAUUGUUCUGAGAAAAUCAACCAAACAAUAACACCUAAUCAUUCUAAUGAUCAAAUUAAAUCUAUACCAAUUAAACCAAUCAGUAUUUCAUUUAUUAAUAAACAAAAAGUAAUUAUUAUGCCUAAUGAUAAGAAUAAAAAUAAUUCUUUUACUGAAUUGCCAUUAACUACGUCAUCAACAACUAUACCAACAAUAGACAAAUCACAGUAUUAUCAUUAUCCACAACAUCAAAUAGAACAAAACAUGACAUAUCAGCCAAAACAAUCAUCUCUUCAACAGCAUCAUUCACAACAAACAUUGAGUGUUAAUGUUGGACAGAAUUCUUCAGAUAAUCUGAAAUUGAUUGAUUCAAGACGUACAACACCGAGACAAUUGAAACAACAUCAAAUAAAACGCAGUCAACCAAAGUCUCCUUCAUCAUUAACCACUAAUAUUGAACCAACAUCCACAACAACAUCGACAGUGACAAUUUCAUCUGAAUUAUGUCAGCAAAAAUAUCAAACUGCAUUAAAUCAUUCUUAUUCUGAAAAAGCGAAAACAAUCAGUUCAUCUGAAAAUGCUCAUAGUUCCAAAGAAAAAUCCACUUUUCCACAACAAACAACUUCUAGUGAUCUAGCCACAUCAUUUAUUCGUACAGCAAGUUUACAUUUGAAGUCGACAUUAUCACGAUUAAAACGUUCAAAUAGUGGACAUUCCAAUAGACCAUUUGAUGCUAAUACUACUACUACUACUACUACUACUACUACUGAUAUUCAUACUACUGUUUUGCCUUCAGUUAGAACAAUCGAUGUUAAUGAAACAGUAAGCCGUCAUAAUUCUCUUCCUUCUGAUAGUAAUGACAAAACUAUAAAAUUUAUUGCUGAAAUCAAUAAGACUGCGAAACAAUCAUACAAAGAACCCAGUACUACUACUACUACAACAACAACUACUACUACAAUUAUUAAAAACAUUAACAAAAGUAGUAGUUCGUCUUCCCCACCAUCACCGGGAUAUACAAAGUGGUCUACACGUUUAGGUCCUCCCCCAUCCCCAUACAAAACGAAAGAUCUUAAUACUUCUGUCAUUUAUCCUAAAUGUUGUACAUCAUCUAUACCAUACCAUGAAACCAAUACAAUAGGGACAGUAGUCACAACAGCAAUGACUUCUACACUAUUAUCAUUCAAUGUUGUGAAUGAUAGUAAGAAAGAUGUUUCGAUUUUGAGUAAUACAACAACAACAACUGUAACUACUACCAAUACUACUAAUUCCAGCAAUAUAAGUAGUGUGUUCCAAGUGUUGCCUAAAUAUGAACGAAAUGAACUGAAUUAUUUAUCAACUAAUAAUGAUGAUUGUGCUAGUUUUGGAGAAUUUGGUCAGAUUAAUUUACGCACUGGAAGUUUUAUGGGUCGUUAUCCCAAUUAUUCACAUUCAAAUCAUCAAUUAGUGAGUGGUGUUCAACAUGGACAAAGUUUAUUCAGUGGUCAUGAUAAUCAUCAUCAUAAUCAUAAUAGUGGUAUACAACAACAUCAACAACAACAACAUGAACAAAAAAAUCUUUCAGAGUAUAGACCACUUUAUUUAUCUAUUCAAUCGUAUACAACAUCAUCACCAUCUGGGAAUACAACACGAUCUGCCCCAUCACCAAGUCUUUCUUCAAUGACAUCAACACACGGUUUGUCAGGUUAUCAUGAUACUGGUCAGCAUUCAUAUCAACAACAACAACAACAAACUGUAUAUUGUCAUCCUCAAAAUCAAUUGAUCACUUUGAAGACACCCUCCUCUUCUUGUUCUUCCGUGGCGAAGACACAUUCACCAAGAGUUAAUUCGGUGCAUAAUCCACAAUUGUUGCAUACAGUAGAUAAUCCAAACGAUCAUUAUUCAAUACCAAUAACACAUCCUCAUGAAAUGUUAUUACUAUCUUCAUCAUCAUCUCCAUCUUGUGUAACUCCACAUCCAGAAUUGGAUCCAAUUUUAGAACGCCUAUUAUUGGAUGUAACAAGUAUUGAUGAAUAUAGAACAGCGUUGCAUACAAAUGAUUCAAUUACUCCGCCGUUAUCAACUAAUCGACAACGUACAAUUAAUCGUAUGCAUACACCUUUAGGGUCAAGUGAUCCUGAAUCAAUUUCACGAUCAGCUGAACAUAUAAUCAAUAUGAACUUAUCGAAUCAACAAAAAAAUAUUUUAAAUGAUGAUAAUAUUUGUAAUUUAAAUAAACAAAUUAAUGAUUUAAUACAAAU